CAAAAGUCACCAAUGACUUCUAUGUUGUUCUGUCAAAAUGAAAACAAAACAAACAGAAACGGUUUAACCUAUUGAUGCUGUAAGAGUUAGUGGAUAAGAUAUUAGACUUAAUUUUGGAAUGGGUGCAGUUAAGAGAGUGAAAAAUGUUGAAUGGGAAAAGAAUCGAAGAAACCGUUUAAACUCUACAUUUAUAGAAUUAAGCAAACUUCUACCAGAACACGACCCCACAAUAUCAUUGAGUAAAGUUGAAAUUCUCAGUAGAUCAAUCAUAUACAUCAAGGAGUUGCAGGAGAAGAAUAAUAAAUUGGUGAAGAGCAACUGCACUGACACCCAAGUGUUGGAGAUGGACUCACUGAAAACACAAAUUAGUGAUCUGCGUCAGAGAAAUCGUGAGUUGACAGAACUACUUCGUUCGCAGAAGUCUCCCCUGCCCUUCACCCCCCCUCGCAAGUGGGUGGGAAAGUUGACGAGCAAGUCAGUUUCAGAAGCACAGCUCAAGAUUGAAGUUACCAAAGAAAAAUCCGCAAAUGUUAAACGGCCCACGAAAAAGAAACCUCUUAAGAAUAAAAAGAAGUCAGCCAAAAAAACUAAGCCUAAUAGCGAACCUUCGUCAGUGAAAAUAGUGGAGAUUCCAUCGAAUUCAAUGAAAAACACAACGAAAAACGCACCAUUAAGGGAAAUAAAUAACACACAAGCAAACAGCAGCAUACUGACUCGGACAAUCACUUUACCGUGUACCACUAUGUCUUUGGUGCUGUCGAAUACCAAGACGAGCUUAGUGACCGCAGCCAAGCCUAGCCUUCUUGCUCCUAUCAUGGCUACAGGAAUACAGCCAGUGUUGCAGCGCAAUCCGAGUCUCAGCACCCUAGGACCUGGCACCCUCAUCAUGCCAGACGGAAGGAUCAUGCCUGUACCGCCCCAUCCGGCCCCCACUGUCCUGACCGUCGUCAACAGUCCAGCCAGCCAACCGGCAGUCAUCGUCAUGCAGAAUCUUACACCUGUCAAACCGGUCCAAAAGAGUCAGCUGAGGCCUAUCGUACCAAAACUGAAGCGGCGUGACACCACUAAGACAACGUUUGUUAACAAGGUUCCUAUACCGGCCAUUAGUACUCAGAGACUGUCGAACUUUGUGAGCAGUUCCUCGGUGAAAACGAAGACAGUUCAGACGAAAACCGGUAAGAAAGUUGUCAACAAAAAGAAAGUGGUUGUUAAUAAAGAAAUUUGUGAGAAAUCCAUGAGUGGAAAUUCUAAAGCAAAUGAAGUAGCAGCUGUGAAACCAAAUGAUGAAAAACAACAAGAAGUAGUGAAACCAACUGAAAAGGAAAAUUCUGAGAGUAUCAAAAUCGAUAAAAAUAUACCUGCACAAAUAAAUCUUGAGCAGAAUACAAAGGAAUCGAAUGAAAAUGACUUGGAGAAAGAACACAACAUAAAUUCUACUAAAAGGAAAUCAGUUGAAGAUAAUGAAAGUAUUGAAAAUAGUAAGCGGCAAAAAAGUGAUGACAGUAAUAUUACCAUCAAUAGUUCUAAUAAUGGAAGUAUUCCUAAAAACACAAAUGAAAUUUCAAAACCAGACGAUGGUAAGUAUUUAGCAAAUGAGCAAUAUACUUCUGAAAAUGUUCAACCUCUAGAACAGGAAUUGAAUAUUAGUAAAGAGGUAGAGAGAGAAAACGCAUCAGCACCAACAACUAUAGUUGUUUUGAAAGAAAAAGAAACUAUUGAAAUAAUUGACAACCAAAAUAAUAUUAGUGCAGAAAAUAAAAAAGGUUGCACUCUAGGAAACCCGAACAAUGGUAGUAUAAUUAACAUAGAAACUGAAAUGACAAAUAACAAGAAUGUUCCAUGUGAAAUACAACGUACCAAUGAAAAAUCUACUGUUGAAAAAACAAAUAUCAGCACUGAAGAUGCCAAUAAAAAUAUUACAGAAAAUGUAAAGAAUUUACCUUUGCAAAAUAGCAAAUCAACACAGAUAUCUUCUGGUCAGUCAAAUUGUCAAGUAACUGCACCAAAACCAAAUGAACCCCAAAAUGUACCUCAAAACAUCUCAAGUGGUAAUGAAAAGAAAGAUGAUUCAGGAAAAACUAAUACUAUUGAGAGUAAAGAUAUGCCACUACCUAAAUCUGUCAUCCAAGAUGAUAGUCAAGAACUAACAAAUCUUUUCCCUACCGACCCAAAACUCCAGUCUUGUCCAGAAAACUUGUUUAAAGAUACAGACUUCAGAGAUCGUAACUUGUUCAUGCCGAUAGGUCACUCGUAUAUGGAUGAAGUUCGACUCUCUCUUCCUCACUCAGACUUUUCCAAUGAUUUGUUUUCUUCUUUGCAAGUUCCAACCGGUGGUCAGCAUCCAGAGUCCAUCUCACCUACGGCUGCUUUCCUCCUGGCCUUCCCUCUGGUGACCACUUCUAAAACUUCAGAGUUGAUUGCAGAAACCGAGGCUGGUGAUAGUCAGCACGCAACACCGACCACCAUCUUACAGAUCGGCAAUAUAGACCCUCCUGGCAAUGAUUUGUACCAUCAGACUUCUCUUACGAUAGAGAACAAUGUGAACAAUAUGCAGGACACCAUGAAAAUAAACAAACCAUGUGAUAACGUCAAGAAUGAUACGACCAAACAAAUGAAAGGUGUUGAACACUAUAAUAAAUUUCAACAGAUGGAAAUGAACGAGUUGAUACGAAAUGAAAAUUUCUCAAGGAGCAACUGCAAGGAGAAGAAAACCUUUACUGGAUUGCAAGAGCAAGAUUUGUUUUUAUCGUGCAACAAGAAAAGAUCAACUGGAAGAACUUGUGAUUAUCCAAUGCAGUCAGAGAGUAUAUCUCACUUCUUGGAAAAACCUUUUGAGUUUCCUCCAAACAAUGUGAGACAUAAUAACUCAGUUCAGAACCCUCCAGUUAAUCAGGGCAGACAAGUCGCAAGCACCAACAAUCAAAAGAAAAAUCUGCUUCCUCCGGAAAAUAUAAUGCAGCAUCAAAAUACAUAUAAUGUUUCAUCCCAACCAUAUUCGUACAAUUCAUUCACAAGUGGACAUGAAUUUUCUCUUCCAAAUUCAAACUAUGUUCCAACUAAUCGAUCUACGAAUGAGACUUCAAAACCGACACAUACAUCAUCAAAUUUCAAUUCAAUAUCUUGGCAAACAUCUUCCGUCACUACAACAACUAACUGCAAUGAUUACUCAACACCCUACUGUGCUUACCCUCAAAAAACAUGUACAAACCCGCCUAACAAAAAUGUGUCUCAAAAGCUCCAACAAAAUCACUUUGAAGACCAAAGACUAAAGGAAAAAUCCACUUCAACGAACAACUCUUUGCCUAAGUUCUCUUCAAAUUUUCAAUUCAACAACCGUUCAAAUCAAGACAUUCACAAUUAUCCUCAGACAAAUCAAACAGAAAAUAUUAACUAUAAAAUUGAAACAAAGACUAAGAAGCAGAAAACAAACUCUCAAAGACCUCCGGUGAACUGGAUGACCACUCCCGAUAUAAGGCCAGUGUUACCAGAUCCUAAUAUAGCUCCAAUACUUCCGGACGUAAUGUUUCAACCUCAAAAGGAAUUAGAUUUCAACUCAGCUGCCAACAAUCCCAUGUUGAAUACUUCUAAUAACAUCACUCCCUUUAACAUUUCCUCCUCUGUAUCCAACAACCCACAAACGUUCUAUCCCAAUUCUCACUUCUCUGGAAUCGACUUUCAAUUAGACUUUGCUCCCUUCCCAGAAAUAACUUCUAAUAAACCACCAAGAACUUCAGCCACGGUAUCCAAUUGCCAGCAGAAUCCCCACCAUUAUUCUUGGUCUCCGAGCAAGUCUUCCAUCCCUUUACUCCCGCACAUCGAGAAUCAUAUGAUUCCUUCAACACUUCCCACACUGGUUGGAGACCUGGCCUUGGGAACCACUACACCCUCAGGACCUAUAGAUGCGUUUAAAAAUUUAAGUAUGCCCACCACUCCAUUCAACAUAGAAAACCAAGUCAAGAAAUGUGACCCUAAGCACGAUGUACAGAAAUCCAUCACUAGUAAGUCUCCGGAGAAAGUAUGUUUUUCAACAACAGAGAGACGUAACAGCAACAGGAACAUGAUAGACUAUUGCCAACAGAAAACACAUUCGCAUCAGAGCACCAAUACGACAUCAAGUUUCUUAUCAGUGAGCCAGCUCGUGGAUCAGGUCAAGUCAGAACAAAACUCGUCAAGAAGGGCUGGAAAACAAUCGGUAGCAAGCAAGAACAGUGCAAACAUUCAGAAGAGAAAUAUGAGUAACCACCAAACGGAUAAAACAACCCACAACAAAAUGACAAAUAACAUGACCAUUGCAAACUAUCACCCUUCAAAUACGAUAAACCCAGUGAUGACUAACCAGAGAAAACCUGAUAUCCAGUCGGUGUACCAGGACAACCACAAUACAGGUGUUGGGUUUAACAAUAACGUGGGCCCACCUCCUUGGCAGAAUAACAAGACUCACCGGUCUUCUCAUUAUAAAGGUAGCUACAGUGCUGAGUCCCUGAUAGGUGAACCCGCACCAUCGGCACAAGAUCACACUUCGGAACUCCCUCCGUUCUCAAUGGCAAACCAGUACAACCACACCACAAUAGUGUCCUCUGCGAGCUACUUAAGUGCAGACUUCUCUCACCAAAAUGUACAGCCUCUGGAAUUCCAUCAGCACCAAAACUGCUUCAACUUCCCUACGCACAAUUCACACUAUUCUUCUACUUCAUUUUUAGAGAACGACUACCACGUCGGUUUGGAUCCUCUCUACAAUUUCAAUCCUUCGUCAAGAAGUUCCACCAGUUGUCAGACCUCUCACGGUGUGAAGGACUCGCGCACCGUUCCUAACAAACGUAACCCUUCAGCCAAACGAAGGGAGGAAUUUCCUCCCCCUCAGCCACAGUUUUUACAAACCUCCCAAGUGUACCCAAUGGGUGCCAGAGCCAAGUGUCCCCCUCCCCCAACCCACUGCCCUACCACCUCCUCCCCCUCUCACCAAGGCACUACGUCACUCACCAACUUCAAUUUGAGCACCAUCUUUCCAGAGAUCAAUGAUAAGAGAGCAGUUCAAGGAACAAAUUCGUUCCACCCGAGUGUAAGCAAACACAGUGAACCUACUGGUAGGCCUCCUGAUUACUUCAACCCCAAUCUGACUCCUCAGAUGCAGCAACUAGGGAUACCAGCUCCACCCAACGUUCCCUCUGCCAGUUUCACCAACUUGGGACCUCCUGCAGGCAACUUCAGGCCACAGUGAACGGCUAGCAACUAGGGAUGGCUCCACCGAAUGUUUCCUCUG